CUCAAAAGGUGUAUGAAACACUUAGUGUGGUAUUUUACUUUUACCUUUUCAUCACCAUCAACAUUAUUUGUAUAUGUCAAUGCCUAGAAGUGGAACAGAUUCACUUGUUCUAGGAGAAGUAAUUGGAGAUGUUUUAGAUCCCUUUAUUAAAUUUGCAACUCUUAGAGUUUUUUACGAAAGUAGAGAAGUUAUCAAUGCUUGUGAGCUUAGACCUUCUCAAACUAUCAACCUACCAAGAGUUGAAAUUCAGGGUAACGAUCCUACGGCAACUUAUUACUAUACAUUGGUUAUGGUAGAUCCCGAUGCUCCAAGUCCUGGAAAUCCGACCGAAAGAGAAUACUUGCAUUGGUUGGUGACUAACAUCCCGGCGACUGGAAGCAUCAGUUAUGGGGAAGAAAUUGUUUCUUAUGAAAGCCCAAGACCUUCAUUGGGAAUACAUAGAUUUGUAUUUGUGGUAUUUCGUCAUUAUGAAACAAAAACAAUCAGUCAUCCUGGGUGGCGUCAAAACUUCUUCUCCAGAGAAUUUGCUCAACGUUACAAUCUUGGUAUGCCGGUCUCGGCCAUGUAUUUCACAUGUCAAAGAGAGAGGAAUUAUAGAGGUAGAAGACGUUGAAUCGUUUACUUUCUACUCUAAGUAAACGAAAGAACAGGUAGCAUACAAUAUGCAUCCAUUCUACGUAGUUGGGAAUACUUGAAAUUAGCUCUUUUAAAAGACCAUACUUUGGUCCUUAAUGUAGCGAACUAGCUAUAUGUAUGAAUAAUUAUUGCUUUUCGUUUUUGUUACAAGCGUGAGCGAAUGUUGAAGAAUAGAGGAUGUUUUACCAAAACAGCUAGUUUGACAAAAGUAUUUACCAAAACGGUUAAUUAUAAAUUUUAAUUCCCAAAAGUAUUAACUUGAAAAGAAUUUAUCUAUUUCUUAUUUCCUUUGAACCGGUUUGUUUUGUUCACUUUUUUUUUUUUUUUAACUUUGUUUUUUUGGUUUUAUUUUUAUUUACUUAAAGAUUUUUUUAAGUUGGAAAAUUUAAGCAAUAUACAAAACUGCUUUGAACAUAAACAGUUGCAUACUUGCAGAACCCUAAAAAAAAAAAGAGGUGAACCAAACAAACCGGUUCAAAGGAAAUAAGAGAUUACCACAAAUUUAUAGGACGAUAAGAGGUUUUAAGGUAUUGUUCAUCUUUUUCAUGUCUAUUAAUUAUAUACUCUUUGUUAAUGUCAGUUAGUAUGAUUUUUUUUUUUUUUUUGUUUGAUGUGUAUGAUAAAUUAAACAUACAUAUAUUCAUUUCUAUCUUUAUGUGUUAAAAAAAUAGUUGUAUUUUUUUUCUUUUGUUGAUUGGAAGUUUGGAUAAUUUUUUUGAGUAGUUGUUUAUUUUGUGUAACUUUUUGAAAAAAAAUUGAGAAUUGCUGCAUAUAUAUUAUGUUGAUUUUUAUUGUUCAAAUUAAUGGGACAUUUUAAACUAUGCCAUUAGAAUUUAAA